GCAUUUGCAAGAACUGAACAUUUCUUUGAAUUCGCUUUAGUUCUAAAAUUACUGGUCUUAUUUCAAAACACCAGUAACGUUUCCACUGUUAAUACUAAUCUCUUAAAGUAAAUGCUACCGCUGAAAGAAAUAGCAGGGUCCCUUUCACUGUUUUUUCCUUAUGCGAACAGUAACAAGUUUAAAAGUCUUGAAACGUGUGAAAAACAGCGCGGUUUUACGCCGAAGAGGGUCUGGCACUCUGUGUGUAGACCAAAUGCUUGUUUGUUUAGGCAUUGUUGGCGACCGAAUCCAGAGCAAAGCAAUUGUUUUAAAAACCUGAAUUUUCCCGUCUCUGUGUAUCGAUUUCCAAUGCGCAGAAGCGUUGCUUGAACGUUGUUUGAACUCCUAGGCAUUCUAAGGGGCAAAAGCACUUCGGCAAAAACGUGCAAGACUGCAUGUUAACUUUGGUUGGCGGCUGACACGCGGACGGUGCGCCGGCCUGUCAAUCACUGGGAGCAGCAACAGGCAGCACAUGGCAGUGGGCUGCGGGCAGCGGGCGAGCUGGCAAGCGGCCCGCCCCGCUCCACUCUCAGCCGGGAAGGCGGAGAGCGCUACGCGUCCAAGUGCUUGUAAAGAAAGGGAAUUAAUGUGCUUUUAUCUCUAAUCGUCUGUAGCAGGAGUUUCGGCCGUGGAACCGGAGGAUCGGAGGUCUGGGAGCGAGCGCUGCCCCGGCGAGUCUGACUUGCUAGCACCGGAGUUCCCGGGGACGCUGUGAGCCCACUUGCUCAGCGUGCGGGAUUGGGAGAGUGCCUCGGCCUGCGCGGGGGACAAGGGACGACGCCUUGCCUCUUAUCCCCUGAGAAAGACCCUCAAACCUUUCCCCCUUCACCACCACCCCCCCAAAAAGUGGGUAAAAAUUCCCACCACUUUCCCCUACCCCACCCGGUAGCUGUAGCCGUGGCCUCGCAGGCACGUGCUCCAGGGCCCCGCCGGGCCUGCGCGGCUCCGUGACCUGACCGCGGAUAUCGGUUCGAGCCCCGUCCCGGGCGCCACGGAGUCUCGAACGCCCGUGACGCAGAUUUUCACUCGACCGGAGGCGGCCACCCCUUCCUUCCCCGCGAGGAGAGAUCACAACUCGAGAAGUACUCUCGUCUGAGCACGCCGUGCCAGUCUGCUGGCCCGUCACGCACUCUUCUCUCCGUCGCUCCUCUGCUCGCUUUUCUGAGGGAUUCGGAGAGCCCUCCCGAAAGGGAUUAUUAUUAUUAUUAUUUUGGCUCUUGGAAAGGGGCUGCAGGGAAAAUAAAAAAUCCAGAGGUGGAUGUUAUUGAGCCGCCGGGCGAACGCGAACGGUGAGAAGUCUGCGCGUCGUCGCGCAGAGUCGCCAGAGAAUUGUCCUCAGCUGCCGGAAGGGGGCCGCGGGGAGCGCUCCUGGCCGGCCGCGGCGGGGGCGGGGGAGGCCGCGGGCCGAUUCAACGCUGCGGCGAUGCCUCCUCAUCCUCUCCGCCGCGGUUGAUGCGGCGCGUGCACGCUGCCGCCCGCGCUGCGCCCGGGGUCGGGUUGCAAGGCUUGGCUUCCCGCCACCGCUUCGCCCGAGGGUUUCAGAUGCAUGCCAGGUUCCCACUGAUUGUCAGAAUUCGAGAUCACUACACAUGGAUCCCCCAAAUCAACAUGGCAGUGGCAGUUCAUUAGUUGUGAUCCAGCAGCCACCUUUGGAUAGCCGUCAAAGGUUAGAAUAUGAGAGAGAGAUUCAGCCUGCUGCUAUCUUGUCCUUAGACCAAAUCAAGGCCAUCAGAGGCAGCAAUGAAUACACAGAAGGGCCUUCAGUGGUGAAAAGACCUGCUCCUCGAACAGCACCAAGACAAGAAAAGCAUGAAAGGACUCAUGAAAUCAUACCAAUUAAUGUGAAUAAUAACUAUGAACAUAGACCUGCAAGCCACCUGGGACCUGGAGGACUCCCAAAUAAUGUCAGGGGCCCCAUUUUGAAUAGAUCAACCAGCACUGGAAGUGCAGCCAGUUCUGGGAGCAACAGCAGUGCCUCUUCUGAGCAAGGGCUCUUAGGAAGGUCACCACCAUCCAGACCAGGCCCUGGUCAUAGGUCUGAAAGGGCAAUUCGGUCUCAGCCCAAGCAACUGAUUGUGGAUGAUUUGAAGGGUUCCUUGAAAGAGGACCUGACACAGCACAAGUUCAUUUGUGAACAGUGUGGGAAGUGCAAGUGUGGAGAAUGCACAGCUCCCAGAACCCUACCAUCCUGUUUGGCCUGUAACCGGCAGUGCCUUUGCUCUGCUGAGAGCAUGGUGGAAUAUGGAACCUGCAUGUGUUUAGUUAAGGGCAUUUUUUACCACUGCUCCAAUGAUGAUGAAGGGGAUUCUUACUCGGAUAAUCCUUGCUCCUGUUCACAGUCACACUGCUGCUCUAGGUACCUGUGUAUGGGAACAAUGUCUCUGUUUUUACCUUGCUUACUCUGUUAUCCUCCUGCUAAGGGAUGCCUGAAGCUGUGCAGGGGGUGUUAUGACUGGAUCCAUCGCCCAGGGUGCAGAUGUAAGAACUCCAACACUGUCUAUUGUAAGCUGGAGAGCUGCCCCUCCCGGGGUCAGGGUAAACCAUCAUGAUUUUUGGAGGUGGGUUGGACCUCCUGAACUUCUAAGCUUUCAAGUUGUGGUUGUUAAAAAAAAGAUCCCAUUAGAGACUGAUUUUAUUUUCUUUAGAAUUUUCCCAUUCUCCACCGUCUCUUCCCUUGUUCUCAAGGUUUCACUCAUGGAUUUUACUCUUCUCUCUUGGAUGAUUGUCAAUAAGAGUGGACUAUGAAACUGCACCUGGCUCAUACUUGUGACAAGAGCCUCUGCUAUCCACUCAAGGGGGUAUUGAGAGCCAGUGGGCUUUUGUGUAGCCAUUUUGUUUUGCAAGCAACUUUUCCAAAGUUGUGCCCAUGAACAUACCCCCACAUACACCCAGACUACAGAAAUUUAGAGCUGUUUUUGGUUGGGUACUCGGGGUGGAGGGAAAUUGGUUUUUAAAGAAUCAAACGUUCAGUUGCUUAAAUAAGCUGUGUAUUAAAUCGAUCUCCAAUUAGGACUAUCUUCAUAACAUUGGACCUUUAGUGUGGAGGAUGUAUUUUUGUUAUAAUACAGAAAUUUUUCUUUAACUUCUGCCCUCUCCUACUUCUUUCCCCUCAAGUUUCUCUCCCCUCAGUUUUGGCAUUAUCUUAUUCUAGAGAUGCCAGCUUUUUGGUGUUUUUUUUUUUUCUAUGUAAUUUUAGAUUUGCUUUACUUGUAAAUCUUCACAUUGGAGAUACAUUGGUUGUAUCAUGCUCAUCCUAUUCUAGCUUUAUAUUUGUGAAGGACAUAACUACCUUCCACACCCCAUGCGCUUCACCAAAUGUCUUUUGUUAUCGAGGGCACUUGGAUAACUGAAGUUGGUAUUUAUAGCUGAUCAAUCUAUAGAUGUAACAGAACUAUGGCUGCCUAAAGUGAUCUUGGUUCCUUAAUGGUCUUUUUGGCCCCUUAGUUAGUUCUGCAUUUAGCUCAGCAACUGAGUAAUUCUAAUCUUUUCUGUGUUUUCAUUGCCUUAACCACAAAUUGUGGUGCUUUUUGUAUAUUUUAUGUAUAAAUCACAAAGUUGAAUUCUGACUAUUUUUAAGACAAAAGUCUGUUAAACUUUUUUAUUGUAAAGAAUAUUUAUUAUGCGAAUCUAUUAUUUUAUGAUAUUUAUUGCAAAAGACUGUUGAAAUGUACUCAUGUCUGAAUAUAACAAAAUUAUCAAUACUUAACAAAAAUAAGGUGACACGAAGAAAGUACAUGUUAACUAUAAUGCAGAAAAUAUAUUAAUUAAUGAAA